CAGUGUUGAUUAUCACUGUCGAGUUUCUCACCUACAGAAGUGCGCAUGCGUGUUUGUGCCUACAAGUAGAGCAACAAUCCACAGGUGUAAUAUAACCUCACUUUUUAAACAAACGUCCUUGCGUCAUUAUAUACAUUAUGUUGUUACAAAGAUUUCGGCUACCAAAGUCACAUGUAUCAAAAGUUCAAAUUUUAAAGAUGACCAUUUCGUCGGUUAACGAGUAAGCUUCGGCAGAGUGUACUAUGUUGUUGUUUUCUUAAGCUACCUAUCGAUGCGGUUACGUAAUCGAUCAUUGAUCAACCGGGUGAUUUUUUUCGCGCGUGAAGUGAAUUUAUGUACUUCGGUAUAUUGUAGAACUUAAGGUGCAGUUUUCGAUGAUCUUGUGCGGUUUUUUUCGGAUUUCGUGAAGUGUUUUUUUGUACGAAUAAAUUUGGUGAUUAAAAACUGUUAUUAUGAGAUCUGAUACUCUUCGGAGAAAUGCGUGAAGUGGAGACGGAUAGCUCCGUCAUUUGGCCUUCUUGGUGUUACAAUACAGGUGAAAAUAAACUAGAAACGGAUUCGUUGAAAUCUCGAAGUUUGACGAAAUCUCCUGUCAUCCGAAUCAAGAAAAGUCGUCGGCCGACGACCUCGUCAUCGAAUGAAAAACGCACGAAUGGUAUUAAUGCAUCGAUCGGAAGUGAAAACAGAUGUCCUACACCUUCUGCAUUCACAAGUACUGCUAGCACAGUGACUUCGGUUACUACUGCUUCAAAUACAACAACCGCGCCAAUUUCUAGCUUCAAGAUGGAAGUCAAAACCGAAAGAUUAAGUCCAUCGUCGGCCAUUACGGAUAACAAUUCUUCGGGAUCGGGAAGCAAUACGCCAUCGUCAUCGUAUCCCGGUACACCUCCUAAUUCAAAUAAUCACAAUGAUCGAGUCCCUAGUCCUUCGCUGUCACCGGCUGCUCAAAUGUCACACUCGAAAAUCAUUGAUCAACCGAUGGCGCGAAAUUACAGCGAUAUUAUGAGAAGUUUAGCAGCCAAGUAUAAUAAUUCUAAUCCUAACGAUUAUUAUAGUACGUCAAAGAACGGUUUCGCGGGAACGUUCGGUGAUCCUAGAUUUUCGUCGUUUAAAACAAAUUCAACUUCUCCUUUCGUAAAUUUAGUGCCGACGUUAAAUUCGGAUAGUAAUUCGCCGCCUAAUGUUUUAAAUUCAUCUUGUCAUUUAACACCGUCGAAUACCAAAGAUAACGAUAUCGAUUUGAAACAAAUUUUAAACGCGACGGACGCUCAAAACUCAUUAUUUUCUAGUUUCGGUUUAAAUACUUUUAAUUCGUCUUCUGUUCCUUCGGUAGCUAAUCUACCAUUAUUUUCACCUUUAGUAGAUAUGUCGUCGACUCAAGCGUUAUUAAAUAUGGUACGUACUGCCGGCGCAGGCAGCGUUAGCCAAUUAGAAUCGUACAUGAAAAGUAGCGGUAUAAAAAGGCCGCCAGAUAUUGCUCUUAAUCCUUUAGAUUUAUCCUCCAAUUCACAACCGUGUAAUUCGAAAAAACUAAAACGACCACCGAGUUCGACUGAUAAUUUUAAUACGACCGAUAACUCGAUGACAAGUUCCAAUCAAAAGCCAAUUAAAGAACGUCAACAAACCAAACGUACCGGUAGCGUGUCUCCUAAACCUCGCGUUAAAUCUUCCUUUUUAUUCUCGCUGCCGCAAAAUGCCGCCACAGCCGCGACCGUCGCUCAAAUUCCAAUCGCUGAUCAUCGAACAGCCUCGUGUCUUUCAUUAUGCACGUCAUCGCUCGAUAAAACGUGUCCUAGUCGAGAUGGCCAAGAGAGUAUAUCACGGUGGACGAUAGACGACGUUCAUAAUUUCGUUUCUUCCAUCGAUGUAUGCGCUGAAUACGCUGAUAAUUUUAGAGAACAAAGUAUAGAUGGUAUUUCACUUCCGUUACUAACCGAAGAACAUUUAAGGACAACGAUAAAUAUGAAAUUAGGGCCUGCGUUGAAAUUCCGAGCAAUAUUAGCACAAAAAAUAGGUCAUUGCAAUGUUUGCAUGCACUGUUUACAUUGUCACGGAACAACUGGACAUUCUUUGACACCUCUAUUGAACAGCAGUCCAACUUUUCAUUCCACCAAUCGUCCUAAUAGUGCGGGAAACUAAUACCGCGAAUUCGUCAAUUUUAUAUUUCUGUUACUUUUUUAUUUUCUAUUUUUGCAACGUUUGUAAACUCGUAUUUUGUAAAUUUAAUUAAAUUUUGUACUGUACAACGUAUUCGUUAUUUAAUUAAAAAAUUGAUACAUUUUUUAAA